AUGGCAGAAAUCGCUGCUGGCGCCUAUGUGGCGGCCGAGUUCAUCGAGCACACGGCCCAAGCUGGUUAUGCAGCAUACAUCGUCUCGAAGCCGACACUGCCUCUCAAGGUAACAUUUACGCGCAUAGCAACGGCGUCAGAUGAUGAGUCUCGACGUUCGUUGGCACGUUCAUGUCAUACAGUAACAGUCAUCGGCAACAAGGCAUACAUAUUCGGCGGUGAAACCACGGCCGGUAUACCUGCUAGCACUGAUAUUCAUGUUAUUACUCUUGAGCAUUCUGGUAAGCCAGAAAUGGACUACAGUCUGGUCCCUGCACUUUCAACCUUUGAUGGUGGCAAAAUACCUGCCGCACGAUCGAAACACGCAGCGUGUGCCUUCCGAGGGAACAUUUCUGUGUAUGGAGGAUGUGAUGAGCGUGGUGAACUUAUUGAUGAGAAGUCUGCUGUGUGGCUCUUUAGCCCGGAGAGGAAGUCCUGGGAUAUGCUUGCAUCAGUCAACGAGCAUGCCGCUCCUGGACCACGCCAUAAUGCCCAACUCUUCGCGAAUGACACGCACGUUCUCUUAUUUGGCGGAGUCGAUGGGUCGGGAGACAAUGCUUCGGAUCUCUGGCAGUUCGACAUUGCAUCACGGACUUGGGCACAACUGCCCACCGCGCCCAUAGCAGCCUCGAAUGCAGCAUUGAUGAAUGGCGAGCUAUGGCUCAUUUCGGGGUCAGAUCCGCUAAGCAGUCAGAUACACCAUUUGAAUAUUUCUUCGUCUCAGAAGGAGAUGUCAUGGGAAUCGUUUACAUUUCCAACCAACCCAUUGGCGCCCGGUCCUCGUGCACGACGUGAAGGCGCACUUCUUCCGAUCAGCACAGGAUAUGGUCGUAACUACUUGGUAUAUCUUCUGGGGGCUUGCAACUAUGAACCAGCAACUUCAACUACAGAACCUGAAGACCUGGCGCAUUCACGAGAAAUCACUCAAUUCAGCGACACAUGGGUUCUCCAAAUUCCAUCAAGCGACUUGGAGGCUAAACCUGCUCUCUCCCUCAAGGAAGCGAUCAAACCAGCAAAGAUCAAGGACGCUAUACGCUCCGCAAUCGGCGCUGAGACGGGUCAUCUAACCUGGUCAGAGGCUGUCGUGCAGGUUCCUGCUGACAAGGAACUGGAAGAUGAGAACGGCAAGCUUCAUCCAGGCCCAAGAGCGUUCUUUGGCGCAGAUGUCAUGGAAACGGGCAACAGUGUUGUCUUUUGGGGCGGUAUGGAUGCAAAAGGAGAAAGAAUUGGCGACGGAUGGGUCGCGAAAUUCGAGUGA